AUGGAUCCGAACAACUGGAAUACACAGGAGCAUGCCUUGCAGCAGGCAAACCAAGAUGACUUCCAGCAGUACUUGGACAUGGGCGAAAUGUCCAACCUCGGCGAUGGCAUGCAGUUUGACUUCCCGGGCUUCAGCGCUGCCACCGGCGCUGCGAUGAUCCAUAGCCAUUCUGCGCAUGACGGACUGGACACUCAAAUGGGCGGUACCGAGACUCCUCAUGCCACGGGGACCAACAUCGGCCUCCCGCAUCAGAUGCCGCCCUUGACAUCAAGUACGAAUAUGCCCACAAUACCGUCGCACAUGAUGCCGCCGCAACACACAAGCGCCAGGGAUACCAUUUCAGAUCUCGACGCCCAAAUCCAUUUUCUGCAGCGCCAAAAAUUAGAGCAGCAGCAGAGGCAGCUGGAGGAGCAGCAACAACGGUUUGCUGAGCAGCAAGCCGCCUUCUUUGCUCAGCAGCAAGGCAUAGUGCCGCCGACGCCGCAGAGUCUCGAGAUGCAAGCCGCAACCCAGUUUUACACUCAAGGUGACCAGACACCUCAUCAUUCGCAGGGCAUGUUUGAUCGGUAUAGGCUCAAGGAACAGCAGGAUAUGGCCUUCACUCCGCUGGUGUCACCUGCAGUAACCCCUUUGGAUGCCCACUUUCCAGUCGAGACACAAUUCACGGUUCCAGGCGCAUAUUUCAGUCCUCUCACAUCUCCGGCCUUGCAUGCACAGAAUGAAGCUCACAUAGCGUUUGGUCCAAGUCAAGGAAGCACGAACACGACCAACUCACCUCAGGAGAUGGAUCUUGAAAACAGCGGGUCGGCCCCAAGCUUGCCUGAUUCAUCCAAAAAGCCGCGGAGGAGCAAUGUGUCCAAGACAAGGAAGGCAAGCAUUCGCCAAUCCCCGAUCGUCAAGGCACAGCGACGCAAGACUGCCUCGACGCCGAUCAUGAAUGCACAGAUCUUGAGUGAACUCGCAGAAUCGACAGCCGACAGGGCGGCAAAGUCAACACCUGCCUCUGGAACGUCGACCGAGGAUUCGGAAAACGCAUCUGUUUCGCCCGAAGCCCUUUCAGAUAUGCCGCCCCCACCCAUUCCUCAGCCCCGGUCGGCGAGGCAAUCACCACACAUCCAAGCCCAGCAGAAUGUCAUUCACCCAAUCCCAUCCUCGCUUAAUGGAAUGGCGUCUCCUGCCACACCGGCGACGCUUUUCAGAAUUUCGCCAAAGGGAAAGUCUGCUGAUGCGACAAAUCCGGGCCAAAUGGCCUCGGAACAUAUCGAAAACUUUGAGCUGCCCGAGUCUGCUAGUUUUCCCAAGCCUCAACUACCACAAUUGAAUACCCAGGCCAGCUCGAGUUCGCCGCCUGAAAUAGAGACGGCCAAAGUCUCUGCACUCCAACCUCUACCAUCACCAAUCUUUCCGAAGCCAUCGGCACGCCUAGCGCCAUCCAGUGGGAGCCCACAAAUUCUCCCCAAAGGCGCAGGAACACCAAAUCCUAGAAAGACUCCCAUGCUGGCUCCUCGUGGCAGCAAAAAGCGAGGCAGCGUCAGCUCAGUCGCCGUCUCACCUGCGUUACUUCCUAGGAUAUCGCCGAACAUCAAACCCUUAUUGCCUGGCACCCCUGGCCUUUCUGCUGAGGACACGGCAUCUCGUUUGCUUGCGUCCAAAUCAAACUAUCAAAACAUCAUCGAAGGCAACAAGGUGCCGGGCGUGUCGUAUCCAAGCGAACUCUCGACGAACUUGACUUCGAAACGGACUUCGCACAAGAUUGCAGAACAGGGACGGCGAAACCGUAUUAAUUCAGCACUUCAAGAGAUUGCCACUCUUUUGCCCAAGAAGAUGGUCAGCGAUAUUGGCAAUGACGAGGGAGACAGUCCCGAGGCCGAGAAACUGGAAAAGAAGGACGGGAAAUCGGCAAACACACCAAACAGCAAAGCGAGCACGGUAGAGAUGGCAAUUAUUUACAUCAAACAGUUACAACAGGAAGUUGCGGACGCAAAUAAGCGGGCUGAAGAAGCAGAGAAGAAGUUGACAGCCGAUGAAACAGCAACAGCUUCGUGA